AUGACCCUCACUGACCCACUGAAUAGCAGUGCGAAACAUGAAAACCGAGAUGACCUCCAUGAUCAAAUCGGAUCAAAUUCGCCGACGCCGUCGGGGGUCGAGACCCCUCGACCAGACCUCCACGACAAACGUUUGCCAGGUAUAAUGCACAGCUAUUUUGGCCAGGUGGGUAGAGAUCCUUCUCAAAGUACACCGUCACGGUCAUCUCAAGCUGCCACGAGCGCUGAAGCAAAUGAACAAUCUGCACCUUUUUCUCUCCAACAUGGAAAAGAAACGGAGAACCGCCGGGUGUCUUCUGCCUCGUUGGGGUCGAUGGUGAUGGUGGAACGGGAACAAGACUCCGUUUCUACACCACCGCCAGAAGGGCCUCAUCCAGAGUCUUCGCAGUCGGCCACAGAGACUGACACCUCUCGAUUGCCACCCACACCAAUCUCGUCCGCCGCAUCAGUGGUGCAUCGGGAUGGCGAGGUCGCCGAGAAUGGCGGUUCCGUGAUAGACGGUGGCAUAGCCUCCAUCACGCAGGCUUUGAGAAAUUUUGUCCUUCCCAAGACUGCCUUCGGGAUGAAAGAGCGCCGUCACCAGUCCCUACCUGUUUCUAGUGUUACCAAAAGCACCGUCUCUGCGGCGCACAUUUCCAACCCCGCAUCAUCCACACACUCUUCGCGACCACAGAGCCCUCAAUCUCCAUCUCCAAGUUCUGCUAAGCCACCGUCGUCUCAAAAUUUACAGGAAACAAAUGAGCUAACUUCAGACGUGGCCGCUGGGCCGCGUGACAAGAGCACCCCGCCUCACACCCCUCGAGCCCUAUCCCAAGAAGACCGACGGAACGAUGCUCGGUCACCCCUGUCCAGCACCAGCACCACGGUCGGCGACGUGAGCGCCGAAACUGAAAAACAACAGUUAUCCAAGGAUCAAAUACCCACGAAUACACCUCGAGGCAAGCUUUCCAUCAAGAUUGCCGAAGGACGCAACCUGAAGCCUUCAUAUGAUCCUUAUGUUGUCUGUCAGUUCGAAUGGAACGAGUAUGUUUCCAAGGGACCGAGACAGGACAAAAUGGACGUGGAUGAGGAUGACCGGAAAGGACCAGUGGCGGCAUUACAAUCCAUCCCCAUUCGGAGAACUGACAGUGACAUGGGCAAGCCGAUGGCUAUUCCCAUGCGGAGUCGCCAAAGCAGUACGAAUGGCGCCAGUGAGGAUCGGGGACUCACGAAAGUGACCGAUCCUCAAUGGAAUCACGAAGCCAUGUUUGAUGUCAUCAGCCAACAGUCCGAACUCGACGUCACCGUCUAUGAUCGUCAUUCUGAAUCAUUCCUGGGCCAUGUCCGGCUGUGCUUGAAUCUCACAGAACAGCAUCCGACCUUGGAGGGCUUCUUCAAACUCGAGCCGCGGAGCGUGGAGGACCAUGACAUUUCCGGCGAAAUUCAUAUCCGGUUGCAUUUCUCCAAAGUAGACAAGAAGCACUUUGGGCCCAAUGAUUUCCAGAUCCUCAAAUUGAUCGGCAAGGGAACCUUCGGUCAAGUUUAUCAAGUCCGGAAGAAAGACACUCAGCGGAUCUACGCCAUGAAAGUUCUAUCAAAGAAGGUGAUUAUUCAGAAAAAGGAGAUUCAGCACACCAUUGGAGAGCGAAAUAUUCUGGUCCGGACGGCGACGACGGAGUCGCCCUUUAUAGUGGGACUCAAGUUCUCAUUCCAGACCCCGACGGAUCUUUACUUGGUAACAGAUUUCAUGUCCGGAGGCGAACUGUUCUGGCAUCUUCAAAAAGAAGGCAGAUUUAAGGAAGACCGGGCCAAAUUCUACAUUGCCGAACUCAUCCUGGCACUGAAACACCUUCAUGACCACAACAUCGUCUACCGAGAUCUCAAGCCCGAGAAUAUCCUGCUGGAUGCCAAUGGCCAUAUUGCGUUGUGUGAUUUUGGUUUGUCGAAAGCCAAUUUGACUCAAGAUGACACAACCAACACCUUCUGUGGCACCACGGAAUAUCUAGCUCCUGAGGUCCUCCUCGAUGAGCAAGGUUACACCAAGAUGGUCGACUUCUGGUCACUGGGUGUCUUGGUGUUUGAGAUGUGCUGUGGCUGGAGUCCAUUCUAUGCGGAAGACACCCAACAAAUGUACAAAAAUAUUGCAUUCGGCAAGGUGCGCUUCCCGAGAGAUGCGCUGAGCACCGAGGGUCGGAAUUUUGUCAAAGGACUACUGAACCGCAACCCCAAGCAUCGACUAGGUGCCAACGGUGAUGCGGACGAGUUGAUUCAUCACCCCUUCUUCGCCGAUAUCGACUGGGAUGCUCUCGGCAAGAAAAACCUCGUUCCUCCAUUCAAACCCAAGCUGUCCUCCGUGGCCGACACGUCUAAUUUUGAUCCGGAAUUUACCAAUGCUCUCAACACCUCAUCUUCCUUAAACGCUCGAGCGGCCGCAUUGGCUGCUGGUGCGGCUCCCGCCUCAACCCCCCUAUCACCUACCAUGCAGAACGCCUUCCAAGGCUUCACCUUCGUCGACGAAAGCACAAUGGAAGAACGUUUCGGCGGGUCCCGAGACGCCGAGGACGAUCGAGCCGACGAAAGCCAUCUCUCUCGAUCACGAACCCAAGAACACCGGAUGAGUGGUGUACAACGCACGGGUGACGAUGGAUUCUUCUUUGAGGAGUGA